CAUCCCCCUUCUCCUUUCCCUUAAAAUCCCAAGCCACUCCUUCUUCAGGUUCUCAGUCUUACUUCAUUUCUAAUUUCAUAGCCCCAUAAGCUUACAAGUCAGAUCAUUACUAUACUUUCCUUUUAUUUUAUUAUUUUGGCCUUUUUCAGUUAAUCCAUUUUCCCCAUAAAUUUUUUACUUUCAGGUAGAGCUUCUCAUCAUUUGAUACUACCUGGUAUUGUGAUCAUAUGAAGUAGAAAAUUAGUAACCUACAUUUCACGAACUUGCAGCAACAGUCAGGCUGAGAAAUGGAGAACAUGGGGGAUUGGGAGCAGAAGGAUCUUGUAAACGAGCUAAUGCUGGGGAGAGAGCUGGCAAGGCAACUCCAAAUCCACCUCAACGUCCCAUCUUCUUCUCCAGAAACCCGUGAAACGUUGGUCCAUGAGAUCCAAGCUUCUUAUGAAAAGGCACUUUCGAUGCUAAAUCCCACAGGAUCAAUUGCCAUUGGUGUGUCUGAGUCUCCGCCUUCUCUAAGUGGAAGCCCCCGGACUGAAGACUCUGAACGGGAGUUGAAGGACCACGAUCUUAGACAUGCUUCUAGGAAAAGGAAGGGCAUGCCAAGGUGGACACGACAAGUACGAGUUAGCCCAGGGAUAGGACUAGAAGGGCCUCUUGAUGAUGGCUUCAGCUGGAGAAAGUACGGCCAGAAAGACAUCCUAGGAGCUAAAUAUCCAAGGGGCUAUUAUAGGUGCACUGAGAGAAUUGUCCAAGGAUGUUUAGCAACAAAACAAGUCCAACUUUCCAAUGAAGACCCUACCAUCUUCCAGAUUACCUACCGUGGAAGGCAUACUUGCACCCAAGCCCAUAUGCUCUCUCCUUCAAAGCCACUCCAGAAUCAAGGACCAACAAACACCGUUAUGGAGCCCCAGAAGCCCCAAGAAAAUCUACAACAACAAUCGCAAGAUCUCUCCUCGGACUUUCUUUCGGGGCUUAAAGUCAUAACUGAAGUAUUGGACUCGAGUCAGCAAUCAGUUCCUCCCUUUUACUUCCCUUCUGCAGCAAGUGUUAAGGCAGAUAAUGAAGCUUUUUCGCCUUAUGUGGUGGAUAAGAGCUUCAUUGAGAAUUCCCAUUUCUCUCUAUCUUCAAGUGGGAUGCACCAUUACAGCUUUGGAGGGAAUCGGAAUUUUCAGACUUCUGCUGAAGCUGAGCUGACUGACAUAAUCUGCGCUGCUACUUCAACUACUGAUUCUCCCACUAUUGGUUUGGAUUUCCCAUUUGCCAAUGUAGAAUUUGAUCCAAACACAUUUGACAAUUCAGGAUUCCUAUCCUAGGAACACGCGCAGCUUGGAAAUCAAGGAACGGACCAGAGGAACCGAAGAGAGCAGCAGUGAGCACUGCUUCAGAGUAUUCAGAGUCAGUACAGAGUCAGCCAGAGGUGAGUGGAACUAAACAUACAUCUUUUUACUAUGAUAAAUAAAAUGCUUUUAGCAUGUUUCAUGCAUCAUGAUAGUUAUAGUAGGUUGCUUGCACUAGAUUCACGAAUAUGGCGCAUUGCAUAAUAUGAUGAAUAUGAUGAUGUGGAUGGCCCAAGGCGAC